CUUCACCUGUUCGCGCGCGUGCCACCGUCACCACCGCCUCUCCGUCCCACUUCCCCAUCUCUUCCGAUCAUUAAGGUCUGCAUCAUUUGAUUUACCAUCAUUUGUAUUACUGGGAUCCGCCCGAGCUUCCCCGAUAUCCUCCUCCUCUUCCUCCUCAUACCUGAUAGCUCCCUUCCCUCCUCCCGAACCUUGACAACCCCCUCUCCUUCCUCCUCCGUCUUCCCCUCCCAAUCGACAGCAACCCACCUACCAUACCCCGACAGCCCCCUCUCCUGCUCCUCGGAUAUCUCCUUGCUCCUCUGCCAACAUACCGCAACGCCCCUCCCCAUACCCCAACAACUCCCUCUCCAUCCUCCUCCUCCUUGUUUAUUUAUUUAUUAUUAUAUAUUUCUAAAAUUUUAAUAUUCCGGAGCGUCUCGGACAUUUUGGCACCUCGGCGCCUUUGAUUAUACUGGUUAUAUUACGGUCAAAUGGAAGUAAUGGAAGAAGGGAGUGAAAUAAGCAGUAGCAAUACUGUAAUGUGCCUUUUAACUGAUCCUGAGGGAGAGCCCCUUGGUGCUCCACUCUAUCUCCCACAGAAUGCUGGUCCACCACAGCUCCAGGAAAUUGUCAACAAGCUGCUAAAGAAUGAGGAAAAAAUGCCUUAUGCAUUUUACAUAUCAGAUCAGGAGCUUAUCGUUCAGCUUGGUUCUUAUUUGCAAAAGAACAAAGUGUCUGUGGAGAAGGUGCUACGCAUAGUCUACCAACCUCAAGCACUAUUCAGAAUCCGUCCAGUCAAUCGAUGUUCUGCAACUAUAGCUGGUCACACAGAAGCUGUACUUUCUGUUUCCUUCAGCCCUGAUGGACAGAACUUGGCCAGUGGUUCUGGUGAUACAACUGUUCGACUAUGGGAUCUUAAUACUCAGACCCCUUUGUUCACUUGCUCAGGUCAUAAAAAUUGGGUGCUUUGCAUUGCAUGGUCAUCGGAUGGUAAACAUCUUGUGAGUGGUAGCAAAGCUGGUGAACUUUUGACAUGGGAUCCACAAACUGGGAAACAGUCCGGUGGUCCACUUCUUGGACACAAGAAAUGGAUUACUGGUAUUUCCUGGGAGCCUGUGCAUUUGCAAGCUCCUUGUCGCCGUUUUGUUAGUUCCAGUAAGGAUGGGGAUGCACGUAUUUGGGAUAUUUCUUUGAGGAAGUGUGUUAUUUGUCUUUCUGGUCACACUCUGGCAGUUACCUGUGUAAAGUGGGGUGGUGAUGGGAUGAUAUAUACAGGCUCUCAGGAUUGUACGAUCAAAGUAUGGGAAACGUCUCAGGGAAAGUUAAUCCGUGAGUUGAAGGGACAUGGCCAUUGGGUUAAUUCCCUAGCUUUGAGCACUGAAUAUAUUCUCCGCACAGGAGCAUUUGAUCACACCAGAAAGACAUAUUCAUCACCAGAGGAAAUGAAAGAGGCAGCUCUUGCUAGAUACAACCAGAUGAAAGGUAAUGCUCCUGAGAGGCUGGUUUCAGGUUCUGAUGAUUUUACUAUGUUUCUCUGGGAACCUGCAUUGAGUAAGCACCCAAAGGCACGCAUGACUGGUCAUCAACAGCUUGUAAACCAUGUGUACUUUUCACCGGAUGGACAAUGGUUGGCUAGUGCCUCCUUUGACAAAUCUGUCAAGUUAUGGAAUGGUAUUACAGGGAAGUUCGUUGCUUCAUUCCGUGGACAUGUUGGUCCUGUGUACCAAAUCAGCUGGUCUGCUGACAGUAGGCUUCUACUUAGUGGAAGCAAAGACUCCACUCUGAAGGUCUGGGAUAUUCGAACACAGAAGUUGAAACAAGACCUACCAGGUCAUGCCGACGAGGUUUUCUCCGUGGACUGGAGUCCAGAUGGUGAAAAAGUGGCAUCUGGUGGCAAGGAUAGAGUAUUGAAAUUAUGGAUGAAUUAGGCAGGAGCAAAAUCAAAGCAACUUAUGGUGACGUUGAGGAUGGAUGGUUAACACUCUGCCGGCUGCAUGAUAAGCUGCGUCAACUGCUGCUCAUAGAAGAAGACAGAUGAGUGUCAGUUUGGGUGCCUUGUGUAUGGCUCUCUUAACAAGGCGACGAGCUGCAUCGGUUUUGGAAUCACCUGUGUAAUGCAUGAUGUCAAACAAAUGCCACCGGUCAACUCAAACAAGCAUACAGGUGCAGAGUCUUUGUUACUUACAAAUUAGAAACGCACUCAACAUGUCUACUUUAUAGGGUACCAAAAAUGAUGAUUUUUUUUAUCCUUUGAAAGUAAGUUAAGAUUUCUUGGAGGUGCCACAAUCUGCUGAUUCAUUUACUAAAUUAUUUCACGCUUA